ACAGACGAGGCGGUAGGAUGUUUUUAUUCCCUCCGGAGCCAUUCUCCCUCGCUUUCUACCGGGAGCCUGGCUCAGCCGGCAGCCCAGAGGGAGCGGAGUUUGGGGGCGAGGGCUGGCGGAGCUGAUGUCAGAACAGGGCGGCUGGAGCGAUUGGGCUGCGGGAGACUUUGCAGCAGCAAAUCCGCCCUCUCCCCCACGCCCCCAACCCCCCCACGCCCCUUCACCAUUGGCUUCAAAGCGGCCGGUGCCCAGCAACUCGCAGAGGUGCAAAAAAGUGGUGGCGGGGCCGGUGGAGCCUUCGCUGCCGUCCCCAGGACAUCGCCCCGGCCGGACCCGGCACGUCGGGGCGGAGGCGCGAUCCUCGCUGGGCAGCGCCGAGCAGCUCGCCCGCCCUCCCUCCCCACCGCCCUAUAAAAGCCGCCUCCAGAAAGAGGAGAAACUCCGCGGGAGGAAAACAUCUCGACGCGGUGCUGUUUAGCUGAAGUACAGGCAUGACAUCUGUCCUGGGCAGCAGCAGGGCGUCGGGAGGGCCGAGCGGGCAGCUGAAAUGCAAGUCCAAGAGGAGGAGGAGGAGGAGAUCAAAGAGGAAAGAAAAAGUAAGCAUAUUGUCAACCUUCAUAGCACCCUUCAAGUACCUGAGUCCUGGCACAACCACCAUGGAGGAUGAGGACAAUUUAAGUACCAGCAGUGCUGAAGUAAAGGAAAAUCGAAACACUGGCAACCUGGAGGAUCAUCCAAUACCUUCAAAUGAAAGGGCAAGAGGGGGAACACCCAGCAGUAAGAGAAAAAGACCCUUAGAGGAAGGCAAUAAUGGCCAUUUCUGCAAACUCCAGCUCAUUUGGAAGAAAGUCUCAUGGUCAGUGACGCCAAAGAAUGCUCUGGUUCAGCUCCAUGAACUUAAACCAGGGUUACAAUAUAAAAUGGUUUCCCAGACAGGCCCAGUGCAUGCUCCAGUCUUUGCCGUUGCUGUGGAAGUAAAUGGACUUACGUUUGAAGGCACGGGGCCCACAAAAAAGAAAGCCAAAAUGCGUGCUGCAGAGCUAGCUCUGAAGUCAUUUGUUCAGUUCCCCAAUGCCUGCCAAGCUCACUUUGCCAUGGGGAACUGCAUCAACCCAUCCACAGACUUUACUUCAGAUCAGGCAGACUUUCCAGACACUCUGUUCAAGGAGUUUGAACCAUCCACACACAGCGAGGACUUCUCAGUCUAUAACCCCGUUAAUAACGAAUUCCUCUCCACCGCUUGUCGACACGGGCGCUUGCUCUGCCAUACACUGGACAUAAUGGGCCAUGCUAAGCAAAGCAAGCACAAGAUUGUAUCCAAAGCAGAGGGUGAGCAGAAUCCGGUGGUGCUGCUAAACGAGCUGAGGUCGGGUCUGAGGUACGUCUGCCUGUCGGAGACUGUGGAGAAGCAGCACAUCAAGAGCUUUGUGAUGGCGGUGCGAGUGGACGGGAGAACGUUUGAAGGCUCAGGACGUAGCAAGAAGCUGGCCAAGGGUCAAGCAGCGCAGGCAGCCCUGCAGGCCCUCUUUAACAUCCGGCUGCCCAGUCACAUUCCCAGCAGGAGUAAAUGUCACCAUUUGCCACAGGAUUUUGCCGACUCCAUAUACCAAAUGGUUGCUCAGAAGUUCCAGGAGCUGACAGACAAUUUUACUUCCAUGCACGCACGCCACAAAACUCUUGCAGGCAUUGUAAUGACCAAAGGUUUGGACAUCAGGCAGGCUCAGGUUAUUGUGCUGUCAUCGGGUACCAAAUGUAUAAAUGGGGAAUACAUUAAUGACCAAGGGCUUGCGGUCAACGACUGCCAUGCAGAAAUUGUGGCAAGAAGGGCAUUUGUUCACUUCCUCUACUCACAGCUGGAGCUACACUUAAGCAAACGGCGAGAAGACUGGGAGCGAUCAAUCUUUGUGCGAUUAAAAGAGGGAGGCUACAGGCUGCGGGAGAACAUCCUGUUCCAUCUGUACGUCAGCACUUCGCCCUGCGGAGACGCGCGCCUCAACUCCCCCUACGAGAUCACAACCGACUUGAACAGCAGCAAGCACAUAGUGAAAAAAUACCGUGGACACCUCCGAACAAAGAUUGAGUCUGGAGAAGGAACCAUACCCGUCCGGUGCCACAACGCAGCUCAGACGUGGGACGGGGUGUUGCUGGGGGAGCAGCUCAUCACCAUGUCCUGCACAGACAAAAUUGCCAGAUGGAACAUCCUUGGGCUCCAAGGUGCUCUCCUCAGCUCCUUCAUCGAACCCAUGUACUUGCACAGCAUCAUUGUGGGAAGCCUCUAUCACACUGGUCACCUUUCCCGGGUAAUGAGCCAUAGAAUAGAAGACAUUGGUCAGCUGCCAGCUUCAUACCGGCGCAAUCAGCUGCUUCUCAGUGGGGUUAGCCACGCUGAUGCUCGUCAGCCCGGAAAAUCUCCUGGCUUCAGUGUGAACUGGAUUGUGGGGAACACGGACUUGGAAGUGAUCAAUGCUAUGACGGGGAAGAGGACUUGUGGGAGUCCCUCACGGCUCUGCAAGCACAUGUUCUUCACUCGGUGGGCAAAGCUUCAUGGCAAGCUGAGCACACGAACACCAAGCCAUGGAGAGAUGCCAUCAGUGUACAGCGAGGCGAAGCUGGUGGCUCAGACGUACCAGUCUGUCAAGCAGCAGCUGUUUAAAGCUUUUCAGAAAGCUGGUCUGGGCACCUGGGUGAAGAAACCCCCAGAGCAAGAUCAGUUUCUACUAACUGUAUAAGUCACUUGACACCUUUGCUACAUGACCAGAUCAAAUCAGCUGGAGAGAGGGAGAGGCAGGAUGCCGAGAGAAUCAGAGGGGUUUGAGAUUUAAUAGCAAACUAAAUGGGAAUAUUUGCUUUUAAUUCUGUAUUGGAAAUACAUAAUUAGAAAUGUGUCUGAUGCACUGAACUCAACUUUAGAAAACUGCUUUUUCAUGAUCACUUCCCAAGAAUGUACCUGCCCAAAUUACAAUGCCACCCCCAUAGAGAUUCUGCUUUUCAUUGUUUCUUGCUGUUGAUUAUUACUGAUUUGAGGUGCUAGUGAGCUGCCCAUCUGAACCCAAAGCAGAGUUUGUUUUCUGUCACACAAUCAGUGCAAGAGACAUCACUGAAUAAUGGAAAAUAGUGAGCAAGGUACCCCAGGCACAUGACAUGACAGCAGGUCUCAGAGCAUCCAUAAUCAUCCACAAAAAAAAAGGUGCCUAAUGUCUAUGCAAAAAUCUUCCUGUUAGCUGCCUAAAUCUGAGAAAGAAUUUGGAUCUCAAAGGUAUGCAGCAUUUGUAAACUGUGUUCCACUGCUGGCUCUGAGCACAAAGCCAAGCACCAGAAUUCCUUUGGUUUUCACAUGUAUUCCCUCUGACGCCUUGGACAAACCACUUCCCACAAAAUCUUCAGUUCUGGCCACAGAUUUUGCACAGUGCAAAUUUUAAUUAUUCAGGGCAAUUUUGUUACAUCUUAGACACCAGCCAGGAUGCAGAUGCUCUUCAAAAGGGUGAUUCCACCCUAGGCUGCUUGCAGAGAUGCCCAGCUCUGCAGGGGCUGCCAUGAAGACCAAUGUGAUGAUGCCCCCAGCUCUGGAGCUUCAGGUAGCUGCCUAAAAUCAGCUGGAGCCGGGACCCAGAGCCUCAGAUUUCAAAGGUAGUGAGGAUCCAGUGCUCUAAAUUAAGUGGGUGUGAGCUCAGGAUGUUCUGUACAUCUGAGAAAUUGCUGGGUUGGGUAGCCACAGGGAAGAUACCCCAAACUGGAGAGAAUAUUCACAGCUGAUACUUGGCUCAUUCCUGCCCCAGUUUCUCCAUCUGCCAAAUGGGGAUAAUAAUACCUGCUCCACAUCUAUGGAACUUGGCAGGAACAAAAUCCUCUGGUCAUAUGCAACAUCGUGAGCCAGAUUCUGUCACUCUUGCAGUUAGCUCUGCCUCCUCACAUAGUCCAACUGAUGUAAAUGAAGAUACAACUACAGGCUUGGGUAAGGCCUUAACGUAAGAGUUUUCAGAUUCUAGCUUUGUGUACAUGCCAAGUAUUAUUACUCAUAUUCAUCUGUAGCCUGAAAAGCAGGUGUUUUUUUUCAGUCAGGAGAUGAGUAGCACCCAACAGUUUAAAAAAUUUUCUCCAUAAGUGUAGCUGGGUCUGAUAUAAUCUCAUAUUUGAACCAUCCCAAAUUUCAUCAGAAUGCACAAAACACAGUCAUGGGAGAAUUGAGCUUUGACAGUCCCACUGCAGAAUCAACCUUCAACUGCUCUGUAUAUUUCUUUCAGCUUUUGGUUUUUUAAAGGACAGGAUUUGCAAGUAUAUAACUACUGUUUUCUUUUUAUUCCUGUGAUUCUCUUUAAAUCUGUAUAUAACACGCUGCUACUGAUUUGUGAUAAUUGUCUUGGUAUUUUCUCAGAACUGUCAAGCUGAGUUACUUUUCAAACAACGCAAGGCUCAUAUUUUUCCAUGUAAUUUCCUUUACACGGGAAACUGUUCCUAUCAAUAAAGAUAGAUGCUCUUUGUAUAGGGUUUAUCAUGUUUGGAGAGCCAUAUACAGUAAAUACAUUGUUUAUUGAUGCCCACAAUAGAAUAGCUACAGUAUUUUGAUGAGAUUUUAUUUUUAGAUUAUAAACUACAAGAUGUAUCUAUAGUGUCUUGUAUAAAAACAAUUGUGAUAAACUAGAAUUUUUAAAUUAGAUAAAAUAAAGCUCUCCCCUUCCAGAAACCUUUUCAGCAGAAUAAUACAUUCCAUAUUAACUACCAAAAAUAUUUUAAGAAAAUUCUUAGAGUAGAAAUAGUUAAAA